GUUAUAUAAAACCUAACCUUCACUGACGCAAGACUAUGCUAACGUCUUUGAAUAGAACAAUGUCAAAAACUGUGCAAUGAAGGCUGGAAAGAAGAUCAAUAUCAGAAGUCACUGGUCUGUAAUCAUACAAGAUGAUCGGAAUAGCAAAACAUCCAAUUAUAGAAUGAACAACACGUGAAUCAUGAACCUGGCCAAUAUAUAGAGUUUUUUGUAGCAAGGUGCUUCGAGAAUAGGACGGAGGAGUUGGCAAAGGACUCAGAAUGUCUUCACUGUUUACAAUUUUAUUCGUCUGUCUGUUUACGACAACCCUCGGAGAUGCUCUCAAGUCGCGGAUGCCCAAGAAUUUCUCCUGGGUCGUGGAAGAUCAAGUGUGUGCGAUGGGGUUUCCCGAUUCGCCUGAAAACAUGAUGUAUCUAGUAGAAAAUAACGUCCGCACCCUUGUGUCACUCACCGCCGAAAGACAGCCAUUGGUAAAAGACUUUCCAGAAAUAACUCUUUUUCCUAUAAAAGUGGUGGACUUUACUCCUCCAACACUGGAACAGAUUGACCAAUGUAUAGACAUCAUAGAGAAGACACUGUUAGAAGGAAAGGCUGCCGGGUUGCACUGUGCUCACGGAAAAGGACGCACAGGCACCGUCCUGGCUUGUUACUUCAUCAAGGAAUUCUGUAUGGAGCCCAAGAAGGCACUCGAACAAAUACGGAUAUACAGACCGGGCUCUGUGGAAACCCAGGAACAAGAACAGGUCAUAUUUGAAUAUGCAAAUUACAUAAAGGUUAAACAGAAACCGAAAUGUUGAAAUAUAACGAAGUGCUGUGAAAGACAUUGAUAGUCAAGAAAGGACCAAGAAAUGCCAAUUAUUAUUGUUGUAAAUUAUCUUGUGUUUUGUACAUUCAUACGUCAUCAGUUACCUCUCAGUUACGAACUUACAGAGUAUCUUGGAAUCAACGAGUACAAUUAUUGUCCAGAAUUCUACUCACAGCCAUCCUCCAGGACCAUAAUUUGUUAAUACUUUGGUUGCAGUUUUAUCCUGAACACUUUUCUUAUUUUUCGUUUCCUUAUACAUGUUGUUGAACUAGUUUCCAAGGAAAGAAGAAGUGGUUUGUCAUUUAUUCAUGACUAGUUGCUGUUACUGUUUUUUAUUGAGAUAUGAACAAGCUAUAUCCUUGAAAUGAAUUUUGUUGUGAGCAUUGAGAUAAUUCUUGAUAAAGUUUUCUGCUACCAGAGACAUAUCAUCCCGAACAAUGUACAUUCCAUGCUAAACCCCAUUUGCUGUCUCAGGAUGUGUUUAAAACCUCAAAUUUAAUUUGAAAGACACAUAUGUAUGACGUAAACCUCUUUUUUCACAUGGUAAAUUAUCCUACCACUAUCUUCUAGCUGUUUAAAGGCUAGUUAGAAAUCACCAAAGGUCGGUGAAGAUUUUCAAAAACGAAUGAAACGAAGUCUUUAUUAUUUAACAGCUGUUGAUCCGUUUAUACUAGUCGGAAUGAUUUAUCUUUGAGCAAUAAUUUUGCUGUUAACGCCCAUUUUUUAGUGGCAACAAGUUUGAUUUUAACUGCUAAUUAAUUAACGUGACAAAUCCUAGAGCAACGGGUUCUUUAUACCAAAUGUCUAGGUACCCGGGUGAAGGAGAGUAACAUUGUAUUCUUUGUUCACUAAUGACUCAAAUAGAUAGACUACAAAGCAUUGAAUUAUAAGCGCGUCACAUUCAUUUCACGUUGUUCUACAAUUAUAAGAUAUAUGAAUGUAUUGAAUUGUGAGGCAUGAGCAUUGAUCCAGAUUUUAACUUUUCUAUCGAUCACUUUGGCUUUGCCUCAGUAUCCACCUAGGCGACCUAAUUUAGACCAUUAACAUCACUUAGGAUUUCUAGAGUGACGAAACAGCUGUAUAAUGCAGUUCAAUUGUGCAAUGGUUGAAUCUACACUAUCAAACUCUAAAUCUGUAUAUGCUACAAAACUGUAUUCACUUGUGUGUCUUUUGUACAAUCCUCAGUGUACAUUAAAGUAUACUUAGGGGACCAUUUGUAAAUAUGUAUUCAGGAUAUAUGAUACAAGUCAAAGUCCUAUUUAUUUGUCUUUCAUUUCUGGCUAAUUUAAACUAUGAUGCGUUGUGUUUAUAUUGAUGUAAAUACUGAUAUCAACACUUGGCAUCAGUUUGUCACUAGUAAGGACAAUAAUGCAUUGUAUGUAUACAUAUCAGAAUGUCAAUAGGUCGAGUCUGUCAACGUUUUGAAUGAACAGAAACAUGAAAGAUUAAGAGUGUUUGUGUAUAUUAGUAACUAAUAUAUCUAUAUCUUCAUUGGAGUAAUUUCAGAUCACGUGUGAUUUCAAUAUUUUUCAUGUCUGCAUAUGUAUUUUUACUGUUUCAUUACGGUGUUAUUCUGCAUUGCAGCACAAAAUAUUAUUCUUUAUAUAUUUCGUAAAAAUUCUGUGGUAAAAUUGUGUUAUAUAUUUGUGUGGUGUGACAAAUAAGAAACUCGAUUACAUAGUAAUACAACUCAAGUGUCCAUUGAUUGGAUAUGUAUGUAUAUUGGUACGGUAGGGUUUACCACAGUCCAACUAUUAUGGUAAUUGAAGGUGUGAUAAUGAUGUACUUGCCAUGUUAAAGAAAACAUAUUUUUAU